UGUUCUGGAGUGUAUGGUAUUGGUACUGUCGACUCGGUGACAGACACAGGCAGGCUAGCAAACAUGCAGCACGGCCUCAGCGAUGUGCGCGUGCUUUUUUUACUGUGAAACAAUGACUUAGACUCAGCCUCUGUAGCGACAUCUGCUCUCCACACUCGAGCGAGUAUACAGGUCGGCCUUUGUGGGCCGUAUUACAUACCGUGGCUCACCUCUGAUCAGCUUGUAUAAUUAAAUAAGAUGAGGAUAACUAGGUUGGUUCCUAAGGACAGAGGAAGCCGUGUUCAGCAGGACGCGGUACAGAACACAUCGGAGUAUUGUGUAUGUGUGCUACUGUCAAGCUAUCGACCCGAUUGGUCGUGUAUGUACCAGUUUUAUUCGAUACAUUGAAGACGUGAAACUAAAUGAUGAUAAUAUGUGACUUGUUUAUGUGAUACAGAUUUCGUACAUGUGCUCCAGAUAAACAGUGUGAUUGGAAAUCAUAAGACGCGUUGGUGUGAGUUUGCCAUCACACCGCCAAUGAACGCGUUGGUUAACUGAACCCCCCGGGCCGUGCUGCCAUCGGUCGAUACAUAUUCCGUGCAUGUGAAUGAAAUGUCCAGGAUACAAAAUGCUUCAAAGUACAGAUCCAGUUCUCACAGAUAAUCACACGCUGUUAGUAGCUGUGGUCGGCUCCACAAGGAGGCAUCGUUAACGACGAGUAUUUGUGACUAGUCAUGUCUACAAUUCGUAGGGCUUAUAUGGAAAUAUCUAACGGUAUCCGAGGACUUAGAUUUAACAGAGAACAACAAAAUCAGCAGCAGCAGCAACAACAACAACAACAACAACAACAACAACAACAACAACAACAACAGCAACAUCAUCAACAAACAGCGGUGACAGCGAGGGAAACAACAGGUCAAGCGAGAAUAGCCAAUGGAGGUGCGAUGAGUGCCAGAGUAGUCCGCUCUCCAAAACCUCUCAUUGCCAGGAAAAUCCGUAGUUUGUUCGGAAGGCACCAACCGGAAACUAUUCAUGAUCUUUUCAUGUAUGAGAGGUUUUUAUCUAAAUUUUUCAUGUAUUUUUCAGCUGAAGAGAGGGGGGUGUUGUCACAGGUGUGCCUAACUUGGAAAGCCAUCUUGUACCACCCCCGUUUCUGGCUGGACGUCAUCCCUAUCAUAUCCUGUCGCGACCUCAGUCGCGAGGAGGACAUGAGGCGGAUCUUCUAUGAAAGCCUACAGAUGAGGAGCUUUGACUCAAUAUGCUUGUUCGGGGCCACUGACGAUGACCUCGUGGACUUCGUCAAUCACUUCUCCACGUGUAAAAAACAAUUACGUUCGGUAGGUUUGCGUUGCUCCAACGUGACCGACACAGGGAUGGAACAGCUAUUUAAACGUAUGCCUUGUAUCUACCGACUUGAGCUUUCGGGGUGCAAUGAACUAACUGAGACAGGACUUUGGUCGUGUCUUAACUCGAAAAUCGUCUCGUUGACGAUAAACGACUGUAUCAAUGUGGCCGACGACACUGUCGGCGCCAUUGCUCAGCUGCUUCCGUCGUUGUACGAGUUGAAUCUUCAAGCGUACCACGUGACUGACGCCGCUUUGGCGUUUUUCAGUGCCAAACAGAGUUACAGUUUGUCGUUACUGAGACUGCAAUCCUGCUGGGAAAUAACCAACCACGGGAUCGUGAACAUAGUACAUUCCCUGCCUAACCUUACCGUCCUCAGUAUGUCCGGGUGCAGUAAAAUUACGGACGACGGUGUGGAACUUAUUGCAGAAAACCUACGUAAGCUGCGGUCGCUAGAUCUGUCCUGGUGUCCGCGUAUAACGGACGCCUCCCUAGAAUACAUCGCCUGUGAUCUCAGUCAACUGGAGGAACUUGUGCUAGACAGGUGUUCCCACGUGACAGACAUAGGUGUUGGUUACCUGUCCACAAUGACGUCACUACUACGGCUGUACUUACGUUGGUGCACACAGAUCAGAGAUUUUGGUUUGCAGCAUAUGUAUUCCAUGCGGAAUCUACGAGUGCUUUCUCUAGCAGGUUGUACUUUGGUAUCCAGUCAGGGCCUCUGUGGACUCACACAACUACGGAACCUAGAGGAGCUGGAACUAACAAAUUGCCCCAGCGCCACCAAAGAGGUGUACCUAUAUCUCAGAGAAAACAUGACCACGUGUCUCGUGCUGGACUAGCGUUUUAGGCACACAAAAUCUGUGUAGUCAAAUUCAAACCACGAGGAAUAUUAGGUAUACAACGACGACAUGUAUGCCGAUCGUGCGCGCAGAUGCGGAAGUAUUUUUGUACCGGAUGUGAUGUGUUUGCAGGAACUAGUAUAUCAUAGUACAGUAAGGUUAUGACUAGAUGUGCAGAGUACUGAUUUGAUUGGAGUAAAAUAAUUCGAUAGGAAGUUUUAGGUGUGGUGUUCCUUUCAUGCUGUAGAGGCAGGUCAGCUGAGGAUAUGUAACGGAUUACUACAGUAGUUAACAACGGGUUGACACUGAUGUAACAAGAAAUAUGCUACACUCAGGAGGAGAGUCUGAGAAAAAGAGUGUAUUAUAAUGAAAUCUGUGAAGUGUGCUUUUGAAAAUUGUGUUAUUUUAUAGAAAUCGAAUGCUGUAGGACCGGAAGUGACAUGAUGCGUGGUGGAGAAGGAACACAUUCUGUCGAGAAGGUACAUGGUCAAUACUAGAGAUCCCUCGUACCGUCUUACAUCCGUCACAAAUACUCGUGUCUCUGCACAUUGUUAUGGAGAAGCACGUCGAUCUUUCGUCAGUGGAACCCAUGUACAAUCUCUUAUUUAAUGCCAGUAUAUUUUCACUCCAAGUUUGACCAUGUGCCUUCUGUGUAAAUGUCCCAAGCAGCCGGCUGGAGGAUCAGGGGCUGUGGCAGUGGUAUAAUCGGCCCUUUGAAGCGCUAUGCACUAGUAACCCCAUGAGGGUGUGUGGUGUUCUCAGGAUGAUCAUUCUAGUGUUCAUUGGGGUGUAAAUAAAGAAAUCAAUAUAUAUAAUGUUCAAGUUCGUAGCAAAUGUAUUUUUCUGUGAAAAUCCCCCAGGGAAUUUUUUUUUCUGAAGACAGAGAUUAUUAUGUGAUACUCAUUGUGAUUAGACGUUUCUAUUUAUGUUCACUAAGCUGUCACAUUCAGACUGUAAUGUUUUGUGAUUAUGUCACGGUUACAUAUCUAUCAUAAAAAUCUUCAAUUGUUCCAUUUAAGCAUUUUCUUGUAACAUUCCCAUUCUUUAUGUGUUCCAUAUCCCUGAUUUGCUCAUUGUUUUAAUCAAAUAUUCAUACACAAAUACCGAUGACGUAGUACCCCGAGUCGGUGAAGGUUGUGACUUUUGUAGUGUCGUAAAUCGUACCUCUUCAUACAAUAUUGUGUACAACGAUUUUUUUAUAAUUAUUUUAAUCUUAUCUUACAAUAAUGUUUUAAUUGGUGUGGCAGGGAAAGAAGAGAACGGUUUGUGUCGAUUUUCAGCUGGACUGAUGAUAUUUGACCGGAAUAACUGACAAUUCAGUAGAUAUGAGUCUCUGGCUAGUCAAAUUGUUUCUUGUCUGUAACAUAGGAUUGACCGGAAGUUAGGAUUUUCGAAGCGAGUGUGCCAGUAUCCGGUACACUAUAUGUUUGCCGUGAAACAAUGACGGCACACGAGAACGUCCUAUGCUUAUGUGCUAUUUAAGUCCUGUUAGCUAUAACAUGUAUUACUGAAACUGGAAAUGGUCUGAAGACUUCGUGUCAAAAAGGGGAAGGAAAUCCGGAUUACUGUUUCAGGAUGUUUUUUACAGUCCUUAAGUUUUAUGUAACAAAAACAGAACCGAAUCAAUUUCAGCUAUAGAGCAAGUCCUGUCGUUAACGAUAGGCCGACACAUCCUUGUUCUACAUCAUCAACUGUUAUAUUGUUUAUUCUCAUGAAGUAACAAAUUCAGCAUAUAUGUUAUAAUUGGAUACGAGAAAUAUAACAGUGAUAAAUUGUUUACACAAAUAACGUAAUGUACUUGUUAUAUAGGUCUUGUGCUAAAUAUCACCCGGGACUGAUUGGGAACAUCGAUACUCGUAACGUUAGACAAAGUUUACCCACAAGUCUCUCAAAGGCCAGAUGAACCACGGCUCUUGAGACACUGAUGACUUCCGGUCGGCGCACAGUGAAUAAGAUAAGCAUUUAAUUGAUAUUCUUCUCUUUCUGAUUUAACUUCUUUCCAUUGAAAUUUAUGUAUAGAUAGUUCCUUUGAUGUUUCAGUUUUCUUUGAUUGUCUUAAUUUGUUGAAUUAGACCGCGGAGUGUGGUGUAGUACGGUGUACGUUGGGCGCCGGGUGCUGUCGGGCGUUUGUCACGCUUCCUGUUCACCACAAACACCUAUAUAACGUAAACAUUCCAUAUUAACGUAUGAUGUCGUUCUGUCCAUGGAACAACACGUAACUGAACUUAAAUCAAUUCAUUGAUAUUAUCUUUGACAACCUUUUUUCUUCUCUCCGACAAAUAAUAGAUUUGUGUCGCUGUUAGUUACAGGAUAGACUCGAUGAGUUGGUAUUGUGAAGACCUUGGUUACCAGUUUGGAAUGGGAGUUGGUAUUCCUGCUUUGUAUUGUUUUAAUGUUAAAUUCCUUGUUUACCAAUUUGGAAUAAGAGUUGGUAUUUUGUCCUGUUGCAAUGUUAAAGUCCUUGUGUACACAGAGAGGGGUGGGAGUUGGUAUUACUGUCGGGUCGCAAUGUUAAAUUCCUUGUUUACCAAUUUGGAAUAAGAGUUGGUAUUUUGUCCUGUUGCAAUGUUUAAGUCCUUGUGUACACAGAGAGGGGUAGGAGUUGGUAUUACUGUCGGGUCGCAAUGUUUAAGUCCUUGUGUACAUAGAGAGGGGUAGGAGUUGGUAUUACUGUCGGGUCGCAAUGUUAAAGUCCUUGUGUACAAAGAGAGGGGUAGGAGUUGGUAUUACUGUCGGGUCGCAAUGUUUAAGUCCUUGUGUACACAGAGAGGGGGAGGAGUUGGUAUUACUGUCGGGUUGCAAUGUUAAAGUCCUUGUGUACAUAGAGAGGGGUAGGAGUUGGUAUUACUGUCGGGUUGCAAUGUUAAAGUCCUUGUGUACACAGAGAGGGUAGGAGUUGGUAUUACUGUCGGAUUGCAAUGUUUAAGUCCUUGUGUACACAGAGAGGGGUAGGAGUUAGUAUUACUGUCGGGUUGCAAUGUUUAAGUCCUUGUGUACACAGAGAGGGGUAGGAGUUGGUAUUACUGUCGGGUCGCAAUGUUAAAGUCCUUGUGUACACAGAGAGGGGUGGGAGUUGGUAUUCCUACUCGGUUGAAUGACUCGCAUUUCUGACUAAACACUUACCACAAAUUUGUAUAGAGCUUCGUCAUUCGUCAGUUUAUAGGGAAAAAAUCUAACGCGUUUUAUAGUUUAUGUCAAAGCUAUGCCCUUGUUCACCAAUAUCGGGAUGAGAGUUGGUGUAAUGGCCCUGCUUGAUACAAUCUAUACUGAUGUCGGCGUGUCUUCCUUCUUCAACAAAAAAUGGGACUGAUAAUUGUCAUUGUUAGGUAUAACCGUCUGUACACCACAUCAUAGCACAAAUAAAGUAUUCGUCUGUCGGAUGUAGGUUGAUCACGAAGUGAUUAGUAUGGUGGACGUGAACCAGUUGAGUACAGGGGUUGGUUACCGGAAGUAUGACAUACAUCGUUUACGUAAUUAGAACAUAAGCUCCUUUCUAGUCAACAGCUCGCACCGAUUAUCAAGAUUUUGCAUUUUCAAGUUAAUUUGGUUUUAAGUUUUUGUCCUUGUCCCCAGUGAAAGGAUAUAGUAUGUGUGUUGUGUAUGUUAACAGGUGUUUCCUGUCCAGGUGUACAUGUACAAGUGUUGUGUAUGUGUACAGGUGUACCUGUACAUGUGUUGUGUAUGUGUACAAGUGUUUCCUGUACCGGUGCACCUGUACAUGUGGUAUGUAUGUGUACAGGUAUUUCCUGUCCAUGUGUACCUGUACAUAUGUUGUGUAUGUGUACAGGUGUUUCCUGUACCGGUGCACCUUAACAUGUGUUGUAUGUGUACAGGUGUUUCCUGUACCGGUGCACCUGUACAUGUGUUGUGUAUGUGUACAGGAGUUUCCUGUCCAGGUGCACCUGUACAUGUGUUGUAAGUGUACAGGUGUUUCCUGUACCAAGUGCACCUGUACAUGUGUUGUGUAUGUGUACAGGAGUUUCCUGUCCAGGUGUACCUGUACAUGUGUUGUGUAUGUGUACAGGAGUUUCCUGUCCAUGUGUACCUGUACAUGUGUUGUGUAUGUGUACAGGUGUUUCCUGUCCAGGUGCACCUGUACAUGUGUUGUGUAUUUGUACAGGAGUUUCCUAUCCAGGUGCACACGUGUUGUACAUUACAGGCACCAGGCAGGUCUCUGUGCGUAUGUUGUACAAUUGUGUCUGUACAUAUAUAGUACAUAUGUGUCUGUACAUAUAUAAUACAGGCGUGUUUGUAUCUGUUUAGUACAGGUGUGUGCAUGUCGUGGCUGUAGGUGGCGCUGGCGAGAGCGAGUGGAUAUAACACAUUUUUAUUGAAACAAAAUUUAAACACAAUUUUAAGAAAUUAAACAAAAUACAGA